UAGUUUUCAAAUGUAUCUCUAACAAAACCAUACUCAGAACAAGUAAAAGAAACUAAAAGUGUUUAUACUUUGAAGAAAACAUGGUACUUGAAAACUCCUCUAAUCACAAAUCUCAUCAUCACCGCAACUCGAUGAAACAGUUCCGAGUUUCCUAUGCAGCUGAAGAACCAAAACAGGUCUCGGGGUGUGUGGAUAUGAGGAGGACAAAGAGCGAGAAGGUGAGUAGGAGAAAGGCUAUAAAAGAAGAGAAUGUUGACAAGGAAGCAGAGGCAUUCAUCAGGUUUGAGCAUAGUAAGUGGUUGACUGAGAGCAGCUAGCUAGUCCAUUAACUAUGAGUAAGAAACAAUAAGGACAUACCAUAUCAUAUAUAGAUUGUAUUAAAUGAUCUUUGAAUAUUAAUAAGGACGGGUCAUAGUUUGUAUUAGAAAACAUAACAAAAUCAGAUAAAGGGAUAUUAGUGUUAAACAAAAUACUUCUACUACCACGGAAUGGAUCUGCAAAGAGGACAAGUCUUUUGGUUAUUACUUAUUACCAGACCAGUUGUUAAGACAAGUUCUGUGGAAGAAAUGCUUGCAAGAAACCAAUUCACUCACUUCUUCUUGCUCUUUAAACCCACAAAGACACACACACACACAACACUCUGCACUUUUCUCUUCUUCUUCUCCUCCGAGAUCACACAAUCUUUUUUGUUUGUUGCAAAAGUGAUCUGAUAAUCAUCUUUCAACGAUUUCACAGAAUCUGAUUAAAGAUAUAUCUAUAUUAGAUUAUCUAUAAAUAUUGUAUGUAGAUGUUGAGAAGAAGCACUUAAAAAUCUCUUAUCUACAAAAAGGAGGUAAGGUCCUAGUGUAAUGUUAGUUGAAUUGGUUGGGGUUUGAACUUGUGACGAUUAAAAUAUUCCUUCUCUGCCUCUUCCACUCUCCUCUCGAACAUUGCCCAUUCCAUAUAGCAUCUAUCCCUCACUUACAUGAACAACAACCACACAAGUUUUAAAAACAUAUAGACACAUUACUUGAUUUGUAUACCUUUUUAUACCAUCCAACCAUUUGUUCAACU